UCCGCGACGGCCGCGUCCUCCUCGGCCGCAGGUUUGGAAAGGACGACCCGUCUCCGGUCUUCCGGGAGCUUGUGGUGUGCGACCCCUUGCACCGGCGGUACGUCCUGCUUCCACCAUUUCCGGACGACCUGGCCCAUUGGGUGGAGCACCAGGUCUACAACCCUUUCAAACCUUUCCUCCUCCCCGUCGCCGAGGAGGAGACGGAAGAGACAGCAUUCAGAAUCAUCUGGAUGGCGCAUUGCAGAACUAAGCUGGCCGCGUUUGUCUUCUCUUCCAGCACCGGAAAAUGGCAAGAAGCCACCAAGAGCGGGCCGACUGGUUUGGUCCUUGACAGGGGCGACUCGGCCAUACUGUCACGGAUCCACCCUCAUUUUCUCAUGCGCCAUUAUGCCUAUGGCUGCUUCUACUGGGACUGGCUUGUGACCGGGAGCAGAAAGUUGCUCAUGCUUGACACCAGGAGGAUGGAGUUCUCCUUUGCCGACCUCCCACCCGGAGAGUGGAGUAAACGUGUAGCCAUUGUGGAGGCAGGGGAAGGCAGGCCUGGGAUUUUUGGGUUCCAUGGUGAAAUUGCAUCUGAUCUCAGCUAUGCCAUUGCGCAAAAUACAGGCGAGAGUCCGAACCAGUGGCAAAUGUUGAAGACAAUAUCACUAGACCCUGGAUACAUAUAUUCUAUCGAUGCUGCAACGGGAAGGUACUUGCUAUUGGUAAGGACGGUGGCCUCUUCUCUAGGGAAUUUGGUAGAGAAUUCACUCGUCGAAUAUUUCUCAAUGGACGCCAAGAUGUUGCAGCUUCAGAGGGUUUGUACCAAACAAUGCUCGCUUAUGUAUAAUGGGACACACAUAUAUGCCGACUUUCCACCAUCGCUGUUGUCUUCACGGGCAAUAUAAGUGGUAGAAUUUCUAUUCCAUCAUGUCCCUCACUUUGUAAGUAUCAGUAUCACACAACUUGUAUAACGCGUGAUUUUUCAUUAGUAGUAGUUUUGAUGGUCAAGCUAAUGUAGCCGGAAUACAAGUGUUGAUCCAGUUUGAAUUGUUUGAACCUCGAGAAAGUUCAUUGAGUCAUGCAUAACUCAUUUUGUACACAUUUCUUUUGAUAGAUAUAAGGCAUGGCAAAAGUUUUCUUUUAGUCAUCUACACAUGUAAAAUUUUGUCUCAGUUUUGUUUUGUAAAUCUGCCUAACUGACAACAGUAGAGCUAUGAAAAUGGUGAAGAGAA